AUGUUUUAUUAUUUCGCCUAUGGGAGUAAUUUGUUAAAGGAACGUAUACAGUUGUUGAAUAAAUCUGCUCAGUAUGUUGGUGUGGGAGUUCUAGAAGAUUACGUUCUUUCGUUUGCUGGAUUUAGUAAUAACUGGUUUGGAGCUACUGCAACAAUUAAACCAUCGCCUUCUGAAUACGUCAUGGGUACUGUUUGGAAAAUGUGUAUGAGCGAUAUGAAGACAUUAGAUCUACAAGAAUCUGUUCCUGAAGUGUACCGGCCUGUCGAAAUCUCAAAGUUAUGUGUUAAAUUCAGCUGA